CAACACGUAUGAGGGGGACACUGGGAGGGUCGGUCAGAAGCAUCGAUCAAGUCCCGAGUGUUAAUGAGUAACUGGCAGCUUUAAAGUCCGGGAGGGAAGCGACGGGAGCUUCAUUCCGCAGCACCAAGCAAGGCACGUGAAAAUGCAGCCUGGUCCUCUGGUGCUCGUGCUCCUGUGCUGCUGCCUCUCAGGAGGCGGAGCCAACCGCGUCUACAUCCAUCCUUUCCAUCUCUUCGCCGCCGACAACGUCAGCUGCGAGACCCUCCAGAACCACACCUUCCAGCCCCUGGAGAGUGUUUCCGUGGCGCCUCUCGACAUGGCGGUCCUGACGCCGGACCAGCGGGGUCCGUCCGAGCGGGACAACGUGACGCAGGACGUGACGCAGAGGACGGCGGUGCUGGCGGAGCUGGUCAACUCCUUGGGUUUGAGGAUGUACCAGGCGCUCAGUGGCAAGCAGCCAGCAGCCAACACGCUCUUCUCACCUGUCAACACCUACGGCUCCCUCCUCACCUUUGACCUGGGGGCCUCCAAGAAGACUGCUCGCUCCUUCCAGGACCUCCUGGGCCUGAGCAGCGGCACGGACCGAGAGGACUGCGUCUCCCUGGUGGACGCAGGCAUGGUCCUGAAGACCCUCCACAGCAUCAACCAGCAGCUCCAACACCACAUCUCAGCCCAAGCCUGGCUCUUCACUCGGCCGCACGUGCGCCUGUCCCAGGACGUGGUCCAGGGCGCCAGCGACUUCUCCCACUCCUCUUUCGUCCGCGCCGUGGACUUCUCUGAGCGCGGGGAGCACCUGCAGCGGGUCAACACUUUUGUGGAGAACACCUCCAGCGGAAAGGUGAAGGAGGCCUUCAGAGACGUGGACGCCAACUUCGACCUUCUGUUCCUCACGUCCUUCCGCUUCCAGGGCAACUUCCAAUCCCACAAGACGUCCUUGCAGGAGUUCCACGUGGACCCGACGACCACCGUGAUGACGCCCAUGAUGACGCACGUCGGCCUCCACCACUACUUCCACGACACGAUGAGGCGGUGCACGGUCAUCAAACUGUCCCUGAGCGAGCGCUCCUACAUGUUGGUGGUGCUACCUGACCACGGCGUCAACCUCCACGACCUCCAAGCCAAGCUGCGCACCGACCUCAUCUCUUCAUGGAAAAUAAACCUCCAUCAGCGGUUGUUGGAGUUGUCCCUGCCAAAGUUGUCCAUGUCUUCAGUGAACGACGUCCGCCAUCUUUUAGGCAACAUGGACCCAGAAGUGGAGUCCAGACUUUUGGGCUCCCAGGCUGAGUUCAGCCAGCUGGCCAACUCUGACACCUUCACCCUGGACAAGGCCAUCAACGCCGUGUCCUUGGAGAUGUCGGAGGAAGAAGCGGCGCCGUGGGAGAAGAUGAAGGAAGACGGCCAGCAAGUGACCAUCAACAGACCCUUCUUCUUCUCCGUGAUGGACGCUGAUUGUGACGCCAUGUUCUUGUUGGGCAAAAUCAGCACACCCGCUUUGUGAAGAGUUCACUCUCCGUCCUUUUAGGAUCUUUGUCAGUAUUUAUGGAGAAGAUCUCAGCCUUCCUCUUCAUCACUUUGUACAUUAAGAGUUUAUUUUUGCUUCAUGACAACUUGGAAUAAAUGUUUCUCAAUCCA